GUACGAUCAGUCACUUUUUGCACGUGGCAUGUCAUGACGUAGUGUCACAAUAUCAAUUUUAAUUUUAUUAUGCCGUCCUGUGUUGUUCCUACGUGUAAAAAUGCAGCUGGAUUUAUGAAGAAAGCUGAUGGGAUUACAUUUCACCUUUUUCCUGCUGACGAACAGAGAAAAUCUAAAUGGAUCAAAAUAAUACAAAGGGCACGAGUAGAUGAAUUUUGGAAACCAUGUAGCCGCAGCGUAAUAUGCUCAAUUCACUUCGAAGAGCAGUAUAUUUAUGACACAAAAUGUGGUUUGAAAAGACUGAAGAAAACAGCAAUUCCUACUAAGCAUUUGGCAUUGUCACCAGAAUUUGGCGAGUUACAAAUGGACGAAUCUAAGUCUUCAACAUCAGACAAUGUUGCGCAGCCACAAUCACCUACAGCGGUUAGUGAUAUUUCGGAUGUGGAAUCGAUAUUUGAUUCUCCGGGAAAAGUUAAACUUAAAUCUCAAUUACGUCGAAAACAAAUUAUUUGUGAGCGACAUGUUCGACGACUGAAAACUUUACAACAAAAACACAAACGACUUGCCAAGAAAUACGAAUCCUUAAAAUGCAUAUUAAGGAAUUUAAAAAACAACCGCUUCAUUACAUUUAAACGAUGACGUUUACGAUCUUCUUUCAACAGAUGUAGUUGCAGCUGAUCUAUUUAAUAACGCGUAUAAAAGAAGCGUUUUGAAUAAAAAGAAACUCAAGUACACUACCAAGAUAAAAAAGUUUUGCCUUACUUUAAUUUUUUUACGUGAAAGUGGUUUCCUGAAUUUUCGAUGGACAUUCUACCAAUUUAACGACAAUGAAGCUGUUAGGAUGUAAAUUGGACUACGAAAAUGAGCUGAAGACUACUUUUAAACUCCCAGUAGACCAAUCCGAUAUAGCUGUUUUAUUGGACCCCGUUCACAUGUUUUAUACCACCUGGAACUUAAAGCUUCCGACAGCGGAAACUGUAUACAUUUAGAAAACAUAGGCAUAUUAAAUUGCUCAUCCUUGAGCAAAUCAAUAAAC